AUGGCGAGAUAUCCAAGCAGUAACUACAGUCACAAUGGACGUGAAACAGUCUCGGCAGCGGAACGUCGUUUGCUCAAGCGUAUUCGUUCACUGGAGGACCUCAAUGACCCGGUCGUAGACCAACUCCGAGUUACUACCAACAUGACAAAACCCCUGCCAAUAACCGGCUUCAGCGUCUCGCCAACGCAGUUCUCUAUGUUUCUCUUCAGAGCACUUCGACUCCCACCAGUCAGCUACGAUGCACUCACUCGACGUAUCAUUCUCUACCCUCCAUUAAGCAUAGUCCAGCGUUCACUCAUUCAAAUCUUUAAUAAUUGGCUAUAUGUGGUUUCAAAAAGAAUGCAAACCCUCACAAACAAGGCCUAUGAGCGAAUGCUAGAUGUGCAAUUAGGUCUCGGGGGUCGCUAUCAAGACUCAUAUUACUUUACCCAUCUUGCUCUUCGAGAAUCAGGGGCAAAACACGCCAAUAUUAUCCUCGAGACGGGCCGUGGCAUGCCAAAUAGUGACGGGCGUGAAUUUGGCAGCAGCUAUAUCUAUGAGAAAGCGGCUCGUUGGUUCGAGGGCUCUAAUGGGACGGUGAGAUUGAUCAUUAUCAUCUUGGUCACUGAGGAUCCGCUUCUUCCUUUACGGCCAUCGCCUACUUCGUCGGCAACUUCGCACUUACCGUCAAAAAUCCUGACGCCAUCCAAUACCCUCUAUUGGGGUCUGACAAGUCAACAAAUCCUCAAGCAUUCGGUUAGCUCGCUCGCAAACCAUAUCAUUUUAGAAGAUCUGAAGUCGGAUUUGCGGACUAAAGUUGACAUAUAUUGUGCGACACAAUCAUAUCCAGGCCACCGCGGCUAUGCAGAGCAUGUAUGGCACGGUACCUUUGAAACAAGUGGCCAUCUCUGCACAGAUCAUACGUCACCUUUGGCCUCAAGUUUCUCCCUACCCAGUUUACUCCUACAGAAGGUAAAAGUCCAAGGCGAAGAAAAAGACUUCAGAAUUCCAUUUGAUGAAUUCUGCGUUUUGCUCCCACGCGCAAUCAAAGAAAGCAGAGCCGAGCAAGCAGCUCACCUUGCUCGCACAACUCAGGAGAUGAUCAGAAAAUCUAGGAUUUGA